CAAAAUGUUGGAAGUCUCUCUCCGCCUGUCACACUGUUCAGAAUACUUGGAUAAGGAUUUUUUAACACACACAUCACCAUCUAUUCUGUUUUGUUAGCUGCAGCUACGGCGAACAAACUUUCACAAAACUCUGAAGAAUCAAUGGCGGGUGAUAGCGAAGAAGAGCGAGAUGGCUUUAACCAUACGCCGUUACGAAUCCCCGGAUUGCUUUAUGUUUCGGUGAAGAUGGAGAAUCCCAAUCUCACUCUCUCUGGGGACCUUCUUCCUCACGUAUCAGGCUCUUUUCCUUUAGGCCCUUCUUGGGAUCCUUCCAAAGCUCUUUCUAUGGAACGGGAAUCCGCGACUGUGUGGGAGUUGAGCUUUGUCGUUCCGCCUAAUCACGAAGCUUUAGAGUUUAAGUUCCUUUUGAAGCCCAAUUGCAUCGAUAAUCCUUGUUUUGUUGAGGAGGGUUCAAGCAGGGUACUAGUCGGUGGAGCAUGGCAAGAUGGUGACAGGAUGGCUUUGUUUAGACUUGAUAAUGAUCAAGUUCUUGAGUAUCGAGUAUUUGUGGAAGCAAAAAGGAUUUCUCCCUUUGAUCUUGCAGCUAGUUGGAGGGCUUAUCAGGAGAAUUUCCGUCUAUCGUCUGUACGCGGGAUACCUGAUGUCAGCAUAAAUUCAGAACAUCAGACAGGCAGUGAGAACAUCUCAUCUGCAAAUUUAGAGCUUGAUCUUGAGCAUUAUAUUGUUCCAUCUCCCUCAACUUCUCCAAGUUCAGCACUUGCAUAUGCUGCUAACAGUACAGAGAAUCUCAGAUCACUAGGUGGUGGGUCUGCCAGCAUUUCAUUUUCCAUGGGAGAUGACGGUGUUCCUAUGAUCAAUCAACCAGAAACAGUGGGAGAGGUUCAUGCACCUGAUCAGUCUAAGGUGUACCAAAGUCCUGGAAUGGUUAAAUCGCAGUCUGUGGGAACAAUUUGUCCUCCACAGAAAGAAGGUAGUCUGAGGGGAGUUUUUAUUGACAGGGGUGUAGGAUUUCCCAGACUUGUAAAAUCCUCUAGUUCUGAUGCGUUCACUACAAAUUUUAAUUUGGACCCUGUUACUAAGAAUUCAAUUCCAGCGGCUGCUGGAGCUGUUGCAGCUGCUGCAAUUGCUGAUCAGAUGCUAGGUCCCAAGGAGCAUAGGCAUUUGGCAAUUGUCAUGGUGAGUUUGCCAGCUCGAGGCAAGACUUACACUGCAGCUAAGCUUACAAGAUAUCUUCGAUGGUUAGGUCAUAAUACAAAACACUUCAAUGUUGGUAAGUAUCGUCGCCUUAAGCACGGCUCUAGUCAGUCUGCUGAUUUCUUUCGAGCUGACAAUCCUGAAGGUGUGGUAGCACGUAAUGAGGUAGCCAAGAUGGCAUUUGAAGAUAUGAUAUCUUGGAUGCAAGAAGGGGGCCAGGUUGGGAUAUUUGAUGCCACAAACAGUAGCAAGCAGCGAAGAAACAUGCUCAUGAAACUGGCUGAAGGUAGAUGCAAGAUCAUUUUUUUGGAAACAAUAUGCAAUGAUGUAGACAUAAUUGAGAGGAAUAUACGCUUUAAAAUUCAGCAAAGCCCUGACUAUGCCGAAGUACCAGAUUUUGAGGCUGGGUUGCGGGACUUCAAAGAACGUGUAGCCUAUUAUGAGAAGGUUUAUGAGACAGUAGAAGAAGGAUCUCACAUAAAAAUGAUUGACAUGGCCAGUGGACAUGGAGGGCAAAUACAAGUGAACAAUAUCAGUGGCUACCUACCUGGUCGGAUAGUCUUUUUCUUGGUAAAUACACAUCUUACACCUCGCCCAAUAUUACUUACCCGGCAUGGAGAAAGUCGGUUUAAUGUGAGAGGCAGAAUUGGAGGAGACUCUGCAUUAAGUGAGGCUGGAGAACUUUAUAAGAAGAAGCUUGCUAAAUUUGUUGAAAAGCGUCUCAAAUCAGAACGAGCUGCUUGUGUAAGCUUGUAAUAAAUAUACGUGCAAAUAUUGAAAUGAUAAACGGUUUGUGAUGUUUGUGACUG